CAUUUCAUUAGUGCCCCACAAAUUCCAAAUUUGAUGCGUGUCCUGAACGAGAUACCAUACGAGAAGAUGAACGUUAAGCUGCUGGGCACGGCCCUGGAGACAAUUGGUUCCUAUUGCAAUUGGUUAAUGGAGAAUCCCACCUAUAUACCGGCGGCCAUAGAUCUGCUGGUGCGCGGCCUCAACUCGUCCAUGUCGGCCCAGGCCACGCUCGGUCUGAAGGAGCUGUGUCGCGACUGUCAGCUGCAAUUGAAGCCAUUCGCCGAGCCGCUGCUCAAUGCGUGCCAUGCCUCGCUCAACGCCGGGCGCAUGAAGAACUCGGACUCGGUCCGGCUGAUGUUUAGCAUUGGCAAAUUGAUGAGCCUCUUGCCGCCCGAUGGUAUACCCAAGCACUUGGACAUAAUAGUCAGUCCAUGCUUUGAGGAAUUGCAGGCCAUUUGCCAAUCUGAUGGGAAAACUCCCACGGCACGGAUUCGCACAAUUUUCCGUCUCAACAUGAUCUCCACUCUGUUUUCUUCAUUGAAUACCGAUUUGAGUGAAGAGGACAAUCUUUCGUAUCUUUCGUAG